GACGCGUUGGAGCCACCAGAAAAACCCCAAGGGACUAAAUAACAUAAAACCAAAAAGGAUACUAUUAAAAAACACAAUGAACACAAACUGCAUUAUUAUAUUGCACUUAUUGGGUGCGAUGGUGUUGCUGAGCUAUGCGAAUGCAAUCCCUAAAUAUGAUGACAGCCAUAAGUUCUACGCGGACAAAGUGCAGCGAGAUAGGUCCUACUACAACGAAAAUAAGACGCAGCCCAGUGAACCUCAAGCGGCUUCCACAAAAGAUAGGCUUGAACGUCUGGGAUACACCACUGGAUAUGGAUCUCUAAACGGUUAUCCUGGCGGUACUGGACUUUCCGCCUACAAUCCAAUUAAACUCGACCUGGGCGGAGUGGUUUUGGGAACUCUUGUGGGCAUUGGAGCCAUUAUACUAAUUCCGAAAAUUCUAUCAGCAUUCCAUGGUGGAUAUGGAGGAUAUGGACGAAGUGAGGAUAGUGACCUGACACCCCUGAGUACCAUGAUGAACAAAAUCGACGAUGUCCUGGGUCAGAAUAAUAUUGACUCCACAAGUUGUAUGCAACGUGCGGUGUGUGGUUAUGUUCGCUCCACGGAGUAUAACAUGAAGAUCGGUUCCUCAGACCAAAUGGACGAAUUUAUUCACAUGCUUUCGGAAAAUUCUCUGGUGGAUUACCUGCUAGAUGGGACGGCAAUAAAAGAAGCGCUGGAGCAUGGAAAGCGAUCCGACGAUAGAGCGUGUGAGGAGGUGUAUUCCAAUUGCCCCCUGGAUAGUAAAUCAGCUACGGACAUUCUGAUGAAGCUUAUGCCAAAGAAAAGCUCUCAAGGAAAGGGAAAGUCAUCUGGAAUUUCUCGGGAAAAGAAGGCUUAGUUAAUGUUAAUCGUUUCAAGUUUAAUCAAAU